UCGUCCAUUUUUAGUGUUUUAAGUUCGUUCCACCGACGAUGGUUGUGACGUUUUUACGCGGGUCGAACAAAAAAAGAAAUCCACAGGUGCACCAGGUCCAACAAUGACAGGUAGACAUCGCAGCGGCGGAAUGACUCUCCCGUGUCUGUGUACAGGAAGGGGCCAACCAUCCAUGAAUCGGCCACAUGGCGGAGUCGGUGUUGAUGCCAUUGGCUUCUAGUGGCCACGACAAGUUCUCGGCGAACGGACGCGGCUCUUCGUCUUCUUGUUUUAAAUAAAAGUGGACGAGGCGCUGCCCGGCGAAGAAGACGGCGCAGAUGUGCGUGUGCUAGUGCCGUAGUGUUACCAACUUUUUAUCUAACCAAUUUUCAGCCGGUUACUAACUCUAAUAUUCAUUGUGAACGUGGUUUUGUGUAAUUUUUUAUUUUAUAUGAGACAACAAAACGUACAAAAAUGACCAAACAAGAACUGAUUUUUUAAGUGGGAUUUUUUUAAAGAAAAUAAGACAUGAUGAUGGUCGACUACAACUCGCAAUAUGCGCCAUCCACCUUCAGCUCCGAUACAAUAUCCGAGAGCAUGAUGAGUAGAACCCCGCGAAUGAGAACUGUUAGAUUGAUCAGACCUAGUCAUGGAUCUCUUCCUCCUCCGGGAUUUACUUGCAGACAUGGCCCAACUUUGGGUUUUAGUAUUAGAGGAGGACGAGAACAUGGAACGGGAUUUUUCGUAUCUCAAGUUGAAAAUGGAUCGGAAGCUAACAGGCAGGGAUUAAAGGUUGGAGAUCAAAUCAUAAGGGUAAAUGGUUUUGCAAUCGAGGACGCCGUCCAUAAAGAAGUGGUCCAAUUAAUCUCGAACCAUACACACCUAACGAUGAAAGUUCGAACCGUUGGAAUGCUCCCCAUUAAAGACAAAAAAACCGACCCUUUAAGUUGGCAAAUUAUUUCCGAUAAUAACUCAUCAACCAGAUCUUCACCUCAAUUAACCGAAAAAAUACACGACGUAAGAAUUAACAUCAUGGUUGCGCCCAGAACAAAAUUAGGAUGCGGAAUUUGUAAAGGCCCCGAAUGGAAACCAGGAAUUUUUAUUCAAUUCACAAAAGAAGCCGGGAUUGCUAGAGAGGCCGGAUUAAGACCUGGGGAUCAAAUCCUUUAUUGCAAUAACGUCGAUUUCACCGAUAUCUCCUUUAAUGAAGCUGUAAAUAUAAUGAAAAAUGCCCGACAAUUAGACCUCUUAGUAAGAAAAUCAGCAGGAUCUGAACUAUUCCCAGGCGAAUCUAGCGGUUAUAAUAGUUCCGCGAGUUCAGUUACGGGGGAUCAAAGCCCAUCUUGGUCCGAAUCGAAAAGACUUUCGAUUGUAAAGGAAGAAAUUAAUUUAGACGAGCGCCUCGACAGGUUCAAAAACAAUAAAAAAUGGGAAAAGAUCGAGUGGGACGAUGAAAUUAGAGAAGAAAAGAACGCGAUUUCAAAUUACAAUUUCAAACCGACUAUCAUCAACCUCACAGAUAAUGGAACAACAAUUAAGAAUAACGGAGAAGAAGACGAUCAUGAUAACACGUUGAAAAGAAACAGUGGGAACAAGAUCGCUGAUAUUUGCUUGGUGUCGAGACAACACGAACUCAAAACUGUUGUUGUCGAAGUUCACAGAAGCGAUGAGAAAGAAAAGAUUCCUUUGGUUAAAAGCCCCUCGAUAUGCAGCUUUAAUAGUGUUGCUAGUAAAUGUAGUGAUGUUUCUAGUAGUUUAUCAAGUGCUAUUUGCGAAGAAAUUCAGAGAAGAGCUAGAAGAAUAAAACCAGUCCCGGAGAAACCUUCAAUAGAUGACCAACUGCAAAUAAAAAAGAUCCUUAAAGGUGUUAACUCUGACAAACAACAGCAACACUCUCAAUUAAUGGACGAAUUCAAGAAAGCUCAUAAGAAGAUGUUCAAAUCGAUUUGCGAGGAGAAACCAGAUAUUAAUGAAGAAACUAUUACGAACCGUAACGUUAAAGAUUAUAGUAAUGGUGUUACUGAACAACUUCCGAUACAAAAUCAAUCAGAAACCGUACAAAAAAAGUCGUUGACAUCGUUAGAUAAACCAUCAAAUGGAAAUUUUGCACCUCCACCACCUCCUUUACCAAUUUAUGACGAAUCAACAGAUAAAUUAAUCGAACCAACAAAACAACGACCAAAACCACCACCACCACCCGUUCCGCAAAAAACAUCAUCACAAUUACCUCAACCACCACCAUGUCCAACACCCGAUUAUGAUAAUUUAAGUUUAAAUUCGACAUUACCAAGAAAAGUAAAUUUUCCAAAAAAAGAUUUCUGCCAAAAUGGAAUUAACGAUGCCGUCGAAAUGGAAUCGUUGGAAUCAUUUAAGCUUCAUGAAAGUAAUAACGAGACGAAUCGAAAACCACCGAAUACGUAUUUUAAUAAAACGAGACUCAGUGGACAACUUUCGAAUGGUUCGGCGACUUCAACUUUAACGAAAAAGCCGGUUAAUGUGACUAUCGGUGGUUAUUCGUCCGGGACGACGAAAAAGCAAAUUAAAAAGUUGGAUUUUUUGAAUGGAUCGGGAAGUGAUACAAUUGAUAGGGCUUCCGGUCAAUCUAUAAGUAGCCAGUUAGCUUCUGAGUUGGCUCUAACUUUGAACAGAUCGAAUUUAAAAAAAAGAACUGAAUCUAUGGAGAAUUUGUUAAAUCAUCCACAAAUUAAAGCAGAAACCAACGGCUCCGUUAGAAUAUCAGUGAACAGCCCGUUAAGUAAACAGCUGGCGAAAUCAACGAAUGAUUUAAGUAAUUUGGGUAACUCCGAGACUUACAAUAAACCCUAUUCGAACAGAGUGACCAUAUUAUGUAUUCCAUCCGACAAAAAACAUGAUGCACCAAAUGGUAUUUUAAAACACGGACAACAUCGAUCGUUAGUUCAACAAAAAUCGAUCACUUUUGGGCCAACACCAACGGUGAUAAAUGAACAACAAUUACAUGUCACGUAAAACAAGAACUUGACUGAAUCGUACGUUAUGUGUACAUAUCAAACUCGUAUUUAACUUUAUAUGCUUAUAUUUUAAAUAUUUAUAAUUAAAAAACAAAUAAUAA